AUGGGAUCUAGUCUCUGUUCUAGGCUAAGAAAAUGGAGAAAAAAUUUCUCGGCAAAAAAGACUGACGAUAGAGAGACUCUGAAUGUUAAUGGAGACGUUGUCGAUAGAGAAGAAUCGUCGAAAGAAAAGCUCAGGGAGAUUUUAAAAGAGGAAGAUGUUGAAGAAAUAAGAAUCGCUUCGCAAACCAAGGAAGAUCUAAGAGAGCUGAUAGAAGAUCUAAAGCAGCAAUUGGCAAAGCAUCGGUGCAAUAAACCAGAGAAGGAAAAGUUAUUGCUUGAGUUAGGUCACGCUCACUACAAAUUGUGUAAGUUCCCUUCUGCCAAAGAUUACUACGAGCAGUAUUUUAGUCUGGUGAAACGGCAACGUUCGUUAAUUCAUUUACAGAGAGCUUACUGCAACCUGGGAUGUGUUCAUAGAAGGCUCGGUGAUUUCGAAAAGGCCACAGAGUACUUCGAAAAAGGUCUAGCGAUUGCUGAAGAGUUACAAAACAAAAGUUGUCAAGCGAGGAUGUACAACAAUCUCGGAAACAUCUCCGAGAUGCAGCAAGACUUUGAAGGUGCCAUUUAUUAUCAGUCACAAAGGAGAAAGAUUGCCGAAAGUUUAAAAGACGGUAACAGCGUGUCGAAGGCCAACGCGAGUAUUGCUAACGCAUAUCACUGCUUGGGGAAUUUGAGGGCGAGCAUUGCUUAUUAUGAAAGAGUUGUGCUUUGGUUAAGGAGAAAACUAGUUUAUCAGGAGCGACAAAGAAGUAGAUUGGAUCUCGUGUCACAGUUGCCAAUUGAAGACGAACAGUGGGUGUAGGAUAUACUUGAGAAAAAAAAAACAAGAAGCGGUCAAAAGUUGCAGUUUGAAAUAGCUUAAAUUUGAUUUGCGCCAAAUAUUAACACGAGCGUUCGUACAAGUUUAAGCUGCGAUGCUUUCCUUUCGUUUAUGUAAAGUAAUGGCGGGCUAAGCGGUUAAUUUAUUUCCAAUUGAAAUAUCACCAGCUAUCAUAUCUAAUUUACUUAAACAGAGACAUCAUUAAGGUAUGUUGACCUCUUCUACUAAAUAAGAGACGACAGAAAAAGAGCAAGUAAAAUUCUCCAGUGAUUUUUUCUUGCUUUUACUCAUGGAUAUACGAAGCAUAGGAACGGUAAUGUUGGGAUUCGACAUGCAAAUUUCUUAGCCUUGGCCCAGCCUUAGGAGUCUGGGGAUGGCAUGCAUCUUAUCAAAGAUGGCGGACUGAUAGUUAGAUAUGGCGAAUCAAAUAGGGAGAAAUUUUGUGGGGGAAAACGUUUGAUUCUGUGUCUUGGAAUCAUUGGCUUUUAGUAUUAUGACAGUAUAUUCUAAUUAUGUUAUAUGCAGCACAUCCAUGAGUACACCAUAGUGUCACUUUUAUUCGUGUAUUCAUACACCAAAUUUUUUUGUGAAAACCCAUGAACUCGAUUCUAUUCUUGAUUCGACAAACUCCUUUUUAAUUACUUUCUUAGACUCCAAAUUUAACGUGGUUACAAUGCAUGCAUUUUCUUGUCAUGUUU